UGGCUUAGGCCGUCCAUUCUUGGCUAGGCAUCACACAUUACAUAAGCAGGACGCCGGUACUACAUAUAACACCAUAUACAAGCUGAGGUCGCCUCCUUGUAUCUGUGUCUUUUCCCUCACUCACGGCCAACUUUCCCUCCGACUCGCGCGUCCCUUUCCUUGAAAGUGAGUCGCACAUCAAUGACGCGCCGGUUUGCCCAGCGUUGAGGCUGUCCUCUACGCUCCGUCGAAGACAAUCGAUCGCACGCUGAUUCUUCAUGUGUAUCUUUCGAAUUGCGACAAUAAAGCAGCCGAGAAUGAGUUUGUCUCCCUGCCUGUGGACAGCAUUCGGCUCUGUAUCACUGAAAUGGCUCACGCACUAAGAUCGCGCAACGACAACGACCAGGUCGAGGACUCGCAAUGGGAGAAUUGCGACUGGUUUGACAGGGCGCAGACAUCCUGGAACAGCGAUCUGACAGACACCUGUCUGAGUGGUUGUCCCAAUGACAUGGUCCGCGUCGCAAUGGACGGCGCUGGAGGCGACUGCUCCCGUGGAGCACGCGCCCGCUGCUGCCAACCGGGCUACAGAACAACGACGAUCCGGAACGACCCUCGGAACGACGAGUUCGAGUCUCUGCUGCACGACUUUGUUGCUGACCCGGAUUGCGACAAGUGGAAAGGACCUUCGAGAUACAAGGACUUUGCGACACUCAAGGACCACGUCACGAGACUGUUCUACUCGCGCAGUGCGACAGAUCGGGCCAUCGAGUCAUGGGACUGGGCUGUCCGUCCUUCUUUUCCCAACCUCGGCUUUGAUGCUCUUGAGGCCUGGAUCUAUGACGAUAUCAGAGCACUGGAGACUGGCUCCGCUGAUCUGCCCGACCAGAUUCUCUGCAACUUGGCCGCAUACAACUCGUUAGUCACGGGUGGAAGCGAUGGGUUAUGUUCUGCCACAACCCCCAAUGAUGGCCUUGCCACUCGCGAACUCGGUUCGCAACUCGUCCACUUGGAUAAACGAGCAGGAGAAGAAAUGUACGAUUGGGAGGUGCUCUCUCCAUACUUGAAUUACGAGGUUGUGAGAGGGACGUUCUUAGGACUAUCAUAUAACCAAGUCGGCGAAUGGCUAGUGAACGACCCAAUUUGGAACAGGGUUUAUGGCUACGGCACCAGAUUCUGCGAUCAAGCUCUGGUAACAGCAGUGGCUUGGGUUCCAGGUUUCCUGGCUUCGUUGAGAUCUGAGCACAUCUUUGAGAGAUCCCUUAUAGCUCGUUUCGCCGAAGCCACAAUCGGAAACGAGCUGUUCUACAAUUCAGCUGCAGAUAAUGUCCCAGGCGUACCGCGCAGGGCUUCAAGGUUCGGUGCCAUGAAUCCUACUUUUUGGACACGCACCAUGAUCUCAGCUCUGCCUUUCGUGACCACUCCUCUUUAUCUUGAAGGCUCCAGGCGGCCAGACCGAAGAAUUGCCCAUCAUCUGGGCACUAGAUCGAAUCCUGACGUCCUUGUCUUGCUGCCAGACUCGAUCAAUGUUCUCAAGUCCCAGGUCUGGAGACUGGUCACCAUAAGAACUGAUAAUUCCAUGAACGGGUUGCUUGCUUCCAUCAACAGCAACCCUGCGGCAUUUCUUAACGUGAUCCGAGAUGUACUGGGAGUUGUAACAUAUGCCAACAACGUGGACAUCUUGCAACAUUUCUCCACCAUUGUCGGGGGAAUACGAACGGAACUCGGGCUUGCCGACGAAGCGCACCAGUUGCUUUAUGGUGUUUAUGUACAAGCUGUCGCGAGAUUUGACGAGUGGCUUCACGAGCGCUUCAUCCUAAUGUCGGCCAGAGUCCAGGAAUUUGCACUUCGAUGGCUUGCGGUGGCGAUAGAGAGAUUCACCAACCACCAGCAGUUUCCGGUCGUCUAUGGUGAUUUGCGUAUGCUGCAGGGGCUUGCGGCCGGCAUCAAAUUCAAUGUGAGAGGUAUCCCUGGACAGCCAGGGGAACUUUAGCACUCUGAAGGCGUUGGCUUCGUGGUGCUUGCUCCUUUGUACGCUCGACAAUCAGAGGCGUUUUGACCCGGACUUGGGCGAACGACGAUUGGACUUAGAGAAUCAUGAGGAAUUGAGGCUGCUUCGGCCGCGCUUGUUGACUGGUCGAUUAUGCUGUUUGCUUCGCAUGUGUACCUACCUUGGAAAGCACCGUGUGGUAGUGUUGCCACAUAAUCUGGCUAGCUGGAUUUGAGCAGAAUAUGUAAGAUGACAAGGAUUGCAGUCAAGCCGGCGAUCCUGCGGUGCUAGACGAGAGCAUUUCCAUAGUACGAAUACCUAGGGUAUCUCCACGUAGGUCGAAGCACAUGUCCCUC